CCGAUCGUUUCCCACCACCAUCCGCGUUACCUUACCUCCGCCGUGUUCCAUCUGCCCUACUAAAACCUUUGGCUGGCGAGCUAUCCUUGCCCUCGCAUGGGUCCACGGACACGAGCACCGCGGGCGCCUGGUGAGGAGGCGGCCGAGGUGGCGCCGGACCCGCAGCGGACGGUGCCGACGCCGUUCCUGGCAAAGACGUACCAGCUGGUCGACGAUCCCUCCAUCGACGACGUCAUCUCAUGGAACGAGGACGGCUCCGCCUUCGUGGUGUGGCGCCCCGCCGAGUUCUCCCUCGACGUCCUCCCCAACUACUUCAAGCACAACAACUUCUCCAGCUUCGUCCGCCAGCUCAACACCUACGGGUUUCGGAAGACCGUGCCGGAUCGAUGGGAGUUCGCCAACGAGUGCUUCCGCCGAGGCGAGAAGCGGCUCCUCUGCGAAAUCCAGCGCCGGAAGUUGUUGCCCACGCCCGGCUUCGCGGAGGUUCCCGCGGCUGCUCCUACUAAUCGUAUCGGAUCGCCAUCGAGUUCCGGAGGCGACCAGGUCCUGUUCACGAACCCUUCCUCUGGCCGUGUGCGACUGCCAGCGGCGGCCGAGGGGGGCAGUGGCGGAGCCUCGGAGAUCGCGGAGGAGAACGAGCGGCUGCGGCGGGAGAACGAGCAGCUCUCCCGGGAGCUCGACCAGACGAAGGGCCUCUGCAACGACAUCCUCCAGCUCAUGUCCGUGUACGCGCCACGCCGGGGAAACGGCGAGGCAGCCGACGAAGGAGGAGCGUCGACAUCUCAUCCCCCAGAAACGGGAAGGUCGUCGAAUGGGGACGAGGAGGAAGAGGGGGAGGACGAGGUCGUGGCGAAGGAGGCGGAGGCGGAGGGAAGUUCCGGCCGGGGCGAGGGCCCAAGGCUCUUCGGCGUGUCGAUCGGGUUCAAGCGGAACCGCGGAAAAGAAGAGAGCGCCUCGGACGCUGUCGCCGAACAGUGACGAGAGACAACGGACCACAACGGUUGAUGCUUCGGACCGUACCGCGCCCGUGCUUGCGACGGGGUCGACGGCGCUCGGGCGACGAGGCCAGUGCUGGCGGAAGAUCCGAAGCACUCGUUAGGAUCCGAAGCUUAGGGUGUUUGUUGGUUAGCUUUCUUUUUCUUUUUUCAUUAUUUUUUCUUUUUACUUUGAAUAUUUUCCUUUUUCUGAUCUAAAUCUCGGCAGUGAUUAAUCUCAAUACACUUCCGCAGGGAUAAUUUACCGGUAAGAAUUAUUAUUUGUUCUGUAGAACACCUCUAUUUUCACUAUUUAUUGCAGAGUAUUUUUCUGAUGUUCCAA